AACAUCAGGGUGUACGGAGUAUUGCCGUAACGCCUCAAAUUCCGCAACGUCCCGGGGGGAUGAGGUGAAUCUUGGUCCAACCAACGAGUUGACCAUCGGGCCCCUAGGCGCUGGGCGCCUUCUGAGUAUCGCAGCGGGUAGACGAGAAGCGGCGGCUCAUUCGACUGAUUUAGUUAUUUGCGCGACGAGUCUGCUGCGGCAGCCCAAGACGCGAAGAUGGAGGGAACGCACACGCACAUGAACAUGUUCAGCACGGUCAACACUGACCUGGCUCGGCGGUACUGGUACACAGUCGCCGGGUUUGCGGGAGCUUUUAUGAUGAUCCGGGCUGUCAAUUUCUACAAGGCCCAGCUCCGACUGCGGAGGAAGGCUGCCAACUCGGUCGAGUUUCCCACGAAACCGAGCAAUCGCGUCUUGGAGAUCUGGGCCACCCUGACUGCGGUCGUCCGCGAGGCCAGCGCCCCCCAGCUGCACAUUCCAUUUCGCGGGUUCUCAUGGCUCACCCCGCCUCCUCUGGGGCGGCUCAUCACGCUUUUGGUCUACUGGAUCAUUAUCAUCUACAUGAUGACCAUCAAUGUCGUGGUGAAGGAUGUCUUCUUCUGGGAGCGCAUCGGCUACCGCAACGCCUGGGUCACGAUCACGCAAGUGCCUCUCCUCUACCUGCUCGCAUCCAAAUGCAGCGUCGUCGGCUUCCUCGUCGGGACGAGCCACGAGAGGCUCAAUUGGCUGCACCGAUGGGUGGGCCGCACCAUGUUUGUCACUGCCUCGGUACACGGCUGGCAUUUCUUCACGGACUGGGUGCGCACCGACUUUGUCGAGUACGAGUUCAGGGUGAUGCCCUCCGUCAAAUACGGGCUCGGCGCCUGGGCCGUCCUGCUGUGGACGCUGCUCUCGGGGCUCGCCCCCUUCCGGCGCAUGGCCUACGAGUUGUUCGUCCUGCAACAUCUCCUCAGUGCCGCCUUCUUCCUCUGGCUCAUCUAUGUUCACGUCCCCAGCAACGCGCGGUACAAUGUCUGGUUUGCCAUCGCCGCUCUCUGUUUCGAUCGGUUCUGCCGCAUCGGCCUGCUCCUGUGGCGGAACGUCAAGUUCUUCCCUGACAAGUCCAAAUGCCGAGGAGGCCAGCGCAUCGGGCAUCAAGCCCAAUUCAAGGCGGUCGGAGAGUCCAUCACCGUCAUCACGAUCAAAGACGUCCACUUCAAGUGGCGGCCUGGGCAGCACCUCUAUCUCUGGGUCCCCCGCCUGGGUCCCCUCGAGGCCCACCCUUACACGAUUGCAUGCGCACACAAGUUACCAGGCACAUGCAUUUGCAACAGUAUCCAGCUGGUUGUCCGCAAACAUGGCGGGUUUUCCCGCCGGCUCCAUGAAUUUGCCGCCAAAACCGGCGGGAAGGAGCACCAAACGGUUUUCGUCUCGGGGCCCUAUGGCGCACCGCCGCGGUGGGAUAUCUACGAGACCAUCGUCUUGAUCUCAGCAUCCACGGGUGCCUCCUUUACGCUGCCAAUCCUGGAGGGCCUGCUGAAAUCGAAAAGGACCAAUUGCGUCAAGCGAGUCGACUUCCUGCUCGCGGCGAGGCAGGGGGAGGAAAUCGACUUCUACGUCUCGCGUCUCCACACGCUGAUUGGUCGAGCAACCGAGGUUGGCAUCGAGCUCGCCGUGCACAUCGCCGUCACCCAGGGCGCGUCGACGUUCAUGCAGGACCCCCGCGCCGCCGGUAUUCAGAAUGUCGGCACCGCAUCUGUCGCGUCCUCGGGGAGCAACCUGGGGGAGGCCAUGGACGAGAAGGUCGCAGGAGGAUCGUCGGCGGAUGUCGAGCAACAGCCCGUUCGCGGGGCCCGCAAGCGGGCGAGCGAGGCAAGUACAGAUUCCCACGUAUAUUUCUCGUCGGUCAGACCCGACGUGGACGACUUCAUCCGUGGGGCGGUAGAGGCGACCGGCGGCGAAACAAGUGUCGUUGUCUGCGGUGGCCCCUCGCUCGUCUCGAGGGUUAGGAACUGCGUGGCGGCGCUGUCGGAUGAGAGAGCCGUACACAAGGGAACAGGGGCGCAGGGGAUACAUUUAUUUGCCGAGGAGUAUAAUUUCUAGUUUAAUCCGUACAUGAUACCAACUUUAGUUUGCGAA